AUGGAAUUUUCAUAUGCUUCUUCUGAUGUUGAUAAUGACAACGAUAACAACAAUGAUGAUUCUAAAUUCAAAUCCAAAAACUUAGACGCUGAAAGGAGACGACGUGCCAAGCUUAAUGAUCGCCUUCUUCAACUACGAGCAUUAGUCCCUAUUAUCACUAAUAUGACCAAAGCAUAUAUCAUUAAGGACGCAAUUACUUACAUUGAAGAGCUUGAUAGCCAAGUAAGCGAGCUCAAGGAUGAGCUUCUUGAACUCGAAACUUGUUAUCCUCCUAGAGAGGAAAUUAAAUCAGCUAUCAAAGACGAAAAAAAAGUUUCAGCAAAAGACAUGAAGAAUUACGGAAUUGAGCCUGAAGUGAAGGUGAAUCCCAUUGACGAUAACAAAGUAUGGAUAAAAGUUGUGUACGAGAAGAAAAUGGGAGUAUUUACGAAAUUAGUCGAUGCCAUAACUCGGUUAGGGUUAGAGUUUAAUGACACAAAUUUCACCUCUUCCAAUGGAGCCGCGGUUAUUAGUUCUUGCUUAGAGGGUAUGAACAACGUUGAAGAGACCGAAGAACUGAUAAUGACAGUAAUUAGCAGCAUAUGA